AGUCGAGGGGCGACUGAGCCGAGAUGAGGGCUGGCCAAGCACGCGACGAUUCCCCCCUCCUCCCCAGCGGGUGCAAUACAAUGUAAAGCCGCUCACGAGGAUGUAGUGAGAGAUGAUAGCUCAACGUUCAGCCAGAUGAUGCUACUCGUCAUGACGCGGGCAUCUUUCUCACCUCCCACCCUAGAGCAUCAUGACAGACCCCAUCGAGAUCAGCUCCUCCGACGAGGCCCGCCCACCUCGCGACACCCGCAAGACGCUCGGGAAAGGCCACCCUUCCUCCGCCUCACUACGAGCAGCCAUGUCCUCGUCGUCUGAGCCUCGAAUUCGAGGCAAGCGUGCUGCACCCAAGAAUCCCAGGUCUGCCUCCUCGUCCACCUCCUCCUCCUCCUCGGCGGCCCCUCCCGCUGUCAAGAAGCGUAAGCGCGACCCAAGCUACGAUUCCGACGUGGACGAAAAGAAGCCAAAGCCCAAGGGGGCUAGUCGUCGCAAGCUUACCCUCUUCGAGCCCUGGGAGGAUGCUGUCUUCAUCGAUUCGGUGCUCACACAGUACUCGACGGAGCAUCUUGUGAGCAUGAACAACAUCGUGCAAGCUACUCUCAGCGAGCUGACAGUGCGUGAGAGGGCCCUUCCUUUGCCACGCCAGGCCAUCUUCAACGAGAUCAACAAGCAACGCCUUGAGAGAGGGCUGCCUUUGAGGGACGAGGUGAAGCAGGUGGGUACGCAGGUGCCUCAGCAAGCUCAGUCUGGUGCCUCCAGCUGAUCAGCCCCACCUGGUACGCGCCGCGCCGCGCCUAGAUCAAUGACCACUGGAACAAGAGCGUGAAGCGUAGGAUCCUAGCUAUCGGGAAGGGUGAUUGACGAGGCGGGAUGGAAACUGGUCACCUCGCAGGCUGUGAUCUAGUCGAAUCGGGUCAUCAUUGUCGAGUCAAAAAACCAAGAAUACAGUGCACUCCUCCCACAUCGCAUCGCAUCGCAUCGCAUCGCUCCACCUUAAAGACGCGCCGGCGCAGCAUUGUCGUCGAGGAAGGGCGUCAGGUCGGUCGUCAAGAACUCGCUGGGUACCUUUGCCCUGACCUGCUCAGCGAGGUAUCGCUUGGCGGUGU